CGGCUGGGGCCGCGGCCGCACACCGCGCCCCGCGUCGAGAGCGCAGGCCCCAAAGACCCGCCGCACUGACAGCAUGAGCCGCACAGCCUACACUGUGGGAGCCCUGCUUCUCCUCUUGGGGACCCUGCUGCCCACCGCUGAAGGGAAGAAGAAGGGGUCCCAGGGUGCCAUCCCCCCGCCAGACAAGGCCCAGCACAAUGACUCAGAGCAGACUCAGUCUCCCCAGCAGCCUGGCUCCAGGAACCGGGGACGCGGCCAAGGGCGUGGCACCGCCAUGCCUGGCGAGGAGGUGCUAGAGUCCAGCCAGGAGGCCCUACAUGUGACUGAGCGCAAAUACCUGAAGCGGGACUGGUGCAAAACCCAGCCGCUGAAGCAGACCAUCCACGAGGAGGGCUGCAACAGCCGCACCAUCAUCAACCGCUUCUGCUAUGGCCAGUGCAACUCCUUCUACAUCCCCAGGCACAUCCGGAAGGAGGAAGGCUCCUUCCAAUCCUGCUCCUUCUGCAAGCCCAAGAAAUUCACCACCAUGAUGGUCACCCUCAACUGCCCCGAACUGCAGCCACCCACCAAGAAGAAGAGGGUCACGCGAGUCAAGCAGUGUAGAUGCAUAUCCAUCGAUCUGGAUUAAGCUGAGCACACCCAGCCUGUCCUCGGGAUGCAGCCCCAGGCGGGCCGGGAGCCAGACCUAAAACCACGUGAUUCUUACUUGGCUUUAAACCUACAGGCAAGAGGAACCACCAGCUGGCUUCUGACAGGAGCCUGCUGAUGCAUAGUUUGUGUGCGUGAGUGUGCAUGGGUGUCUGUGGGUGUCUGCAGACACGA